AGAGAGAGAGAGAUGAAACAACCGAAGAAAGGGGCGUCUCUUUUCUCGUUACUGCCGGAAGAUUGCAUAUCGGCGAUCAUUUCGUUGACAUCACCGAGGGAUGCUUGCAGAGCUUCGGCGAUCUCAUCGGCGUUCAAGUUGGCAGCCAAUUCCGACACCGUGUGGGAGAAAUUCCUGCCGUACGAUUAUCCGGAGAUCAUAUCGAGAUACAGUGGAUCAUGA